AGCGAGCGAGCGUUUUGUCGCGGUGUUCUGUGGGAUACAGGCGGUGCUCUCUUCUCCUGGGUGCGGAUCGCCGCCGCCGCCGCCGAAGCGCAGGGCGAGUGAGGGAAAGGGACGCGAGCCGAGCGGGGCAUGAAGAUGGCGGACGCCAAGCAGAAACGGAACGAGCAGCUGAAGCGCUGGAUCGGCUCCGAGACCGACCUGGAGCCGCCCGUGGUGAAACGCAAGAAGACCAAGGUGAAGUUCGACGACGGAGCCGUCUUCCUGGCCGCCUGCUCGAGCGGGGACACCGAGGAGGUGCUGCGCUUGCUGGAGCGCGGCGCCGACAUCAACUACGCCAAUGUGGACGGACUCACCGCGCUGCACCAGGCUUGCAUAGAUGAUAACGUAGAUAUGGUGAAAUUUCUGGUGGAAAAUGGAGCCAAUAUUAAUCAACCUGAUAAUGAAGGCUGGAUACCUCUACAUGCGGCUGCUUCCUGUGGAUAUCUUGAUAUAGCAGAAUAUUUAAUUAGUCAAGGAGCACAUGUAGGAGCAGUAAAUAGUGAAGGAGACACUCCAUUAGAUAUUGCUGAGGAAGAGGCAAUGGAAGAAUUGCUUCAAAAUGAAGUGAAUCGACAAGGGGUUGAUAUAGAGGCAGCUCGGAAAGAAGAAGAACGGAUAAUGCUUAGAGAUGCAAGGCAGUGGCUUAACAGUGGUCAUAUAAAUGAUGUUCGACAUGCAAAAUCAGGUGGUACAGCACUUCAUGUAGCUGCUGCUAAAGGGUAUACAGAAGUCUUAAAGCUUUUAAUACAGGCUGGCUAUGAUGUAAAUAUUAAGGAUUACGAUGGCUGGACACCACUUCAUGCGGCUGCUCAUUGGGGUAAAGAAGAAGCAUGUCGGAUAUUAGUGGAAAACCUAUGUGAUAUGGAAGCUGUCAAUAAAGUGGGUCAAACAGCAUUUGAUGUAGCAGAUGAAGACAUUUUAGGAUAUUUAGAAGAACUACAAAAGAAACAGAAUAUGCUCCAUAGUGAGAAAAAGGAAAAGAAAUCACCACUAAUUGAAUCUACAGCCAAUAUGGACAAUAAUCAGACUCAAAAGCCAUUUAAAAAUAAAGAGACUUUGAUCAUUGAACAAGACAAGAAUGCAUCUAACAUUGAAUCUUUAGAACAAGAAAAAGUGGAUGAAGAAGAAGAAGGAAAGAAAGAUGAGUCCAGUUGCUCCAGUGAAGAGGAUGAGGAGGAAGAUUCAGAAUCUGAAGCAGAAACAGACAAGAACAAACCUGCAACAAAUAAUUCAAAUGCGAUCAGUGUGCAAACAGCUCCCAUAGCUAUAACAACACCUUCUGUUACUACUGGUCAGGUGACACCUACAUCCCCUAUUAAGAAGUUUCCAACUUCAUCUAAGGUUUCUCCCAAGGAAGAUGAGAGAAAAGAUGAGUCUCCUGCAUCUUGGAGGUUAGGUCUCCGAAAAACUGGCAGUUAUGGGGCACUUGCAGAAAUUACAGCUAGCAAAGAAACUCAGAAAGAAAAGGAUUCAACAGGCGUUAUGCGGUCAGCUUCAAGCCCUAGAUUGUCGUCUUCAUUAGACAACAAAGACAAGGAGAAAGAUGCAAAAGGGACUAGACUUGCAUACGUUGCACCUACAAUUCCAAGACGAUUGGCCAGUACGUCUGACAUUGAAGAGAAAGAAAACAGGGAUACAUCAUCCAGCUUAAUACGUGGUACUGGUUCUUAUACAAGAAGAAAAUGGGAAGAAGAUGCAAAGAAGAAUAUGUCAAAUGAAGGUUCUGCACCACUUAAUACAAGCUAUCAAAGAAGUGGUUCCUUUGGUAGAAGACAAGAUGACUUGAUUAGUUCUAGUAUUACUUCAGUAUCAACAGUUACCUCCCCAGCUGGUCUUCAGAAAAGCCUGCUUUCUGGCACAAGCACUGCUACAAAAGUUACAACGGGUUCAGCUACAGCAGGAAUACAAAGCAGUACCUCAAAUCGUUUAUGGGCUGAGGAUAGUACUGAGAGAGACAAAGACAAUGUUCCUACGGCAGUGACCGUUCCUGUUGCACCGUCAGUUAUAAAUACCGCGACUACUACCACAGCCUUGACUACAACUACUUCUGGCACUGUGUCCUCAACUUCAGAGGUCAGGGAGAGACGCAGAUCAUACCUCACUCCAGUUCGGGAUGAAGAAUCUGAAUCUCAAAGAAAAGCUAGAUCGAGACAAGCAAGGCAGUCCAGAAGAUCCACACAGGGUGUAACACUGACUGAUCUUCAGGAAGCUGAAAAAACUAUUGGUAGAAGUCGUGCUACCCGGCCUAGAGAACAAGAGAAUGAAGAAAAAGAAAAGGAGGAAAAAGAAAAACAAGACAAAGAAAAACAGGAAGAAAAGAAGGAAUCAGAAACUAAAGAUGAUGAUUAUAGGCAAAGAUACACACGAACCAUUGAAGAGCCAUAUCAUCGUUAUAGAACAACAUCUUCAACUACUUCAUCAACUUCUUCAACUGCCACCUCUUCUAAUUCUGUCUCUUCAAGCCAGUUAAACAGACCAAACAGCCUUAUAGGUAUAACUUCUGCUUAUUCCAGGAGUGGAGCAAAGGAAAGUGAGAGAGAAGCGGGAAGGAAAGAAGAGGAAAAAGAAGAAGAUAAGUCUCAGACAAAAUCAAUAAGGGAAAGAAGACGGCCAAGAGAAAAACGAAGAUCAACUGGAGUUUCUUUUUGGACUCAGGACAGCGAUGAAAAUGAGCAAGAGCACCAAUCUGACUCAGAGGAGGGAACAAAUAAAAAAGAAGCUCAGAGUGAAAGCCUUUCAAGAUAUGACACAGGAUCAUCAGGAGACCGUUAUGAUUCAGUACUAGGACGUACUGGAUACAGUUACUUGGAAGACCGCAAAUCAUAUUCCACUAAGCUAGAUAAAGAAGAUACAACAGAUUUUAAAAAGCUUUAUGAACAAAUUCUAGCUGAAAAUGAGAAACUGAAAGCACAACUACACGAUACCAAUAUGGAACUGACGGAUCUUAAGCUACAGUUGGAAAAGGCAACUCAGAGGCAGGAAAGAUUUGCUGACAGGUCUCUGCUAGAAAUGGAAAAAAGGGUGACGGACAAGAGUCAGUAUCUACGGGGCGGAACGAAGAGCUCUAGAAAGGCGAAUAUCUGAAAUGGAAGAAGAACUCAAAAUGCUACCAGACCUGAAGGCAGAUAACCAGAGGCUAAAAGAUGAAAAUGGGGCCUUGAUCAGAGUUAUAAGCAAGCUUUCCAAAUAAAACCAUUUAUUCCAGCUGCAAAUCAUGGGAUUGCACAUAAUUAAUUACUCCAGUGGACCAUAGCAUGGCAGUCACUGGAAGCCUGGGAAGAUUUCUUGGAGACUGUCGUUUCAGAUAUCCUGCCAAAUGCCCUCUUACCUGGGUGGUUUUGUUUUUUACAAAGAUCAUUGUUUCAUGUGUUAAAGCAGCUGCUGAGAAGACAUAAUGACUGAGAAAUCUUGUUUACAGCUAACGCAUAUAAGGAAAGUGUUCAAGGCCAGAUAAGCCUCAGAUAUUUAACCAGUAAGCCUUAGAUGUACAUAUAAACACUUGCAUAAAAUGAAAAGCUUUCUGCUAUCACAGACAGUUACUUUAUUUUGUUGUUGUGUCACGGUUCCUGGUUUUUCUAUCCUACAUUUUUAUCUUUUACAUCUAAGUUUGGAAUUGUGUGUGUUCCCUUCUAAUUAUUCAUGUACCAGAUUUCCCUGCUGCUUGUACAGUGUUUUCACGGCUUUACAUUUACAGAGACCACACCCCUUAAAAAAUACAACUUGUGUAGCUAACUAAGCCUGUAUUGUCCAGCCAGCCAUCCCAAAACAGAGGUUUGGUGGAACAGUUGCUUUCACUGUUGUGCAAUAUGCAUUUAUUUCCUAUAAAAGAUGCUUUAAAAGUCAGUUGAAAGUAGAUUGGUUAUUUUAAGACUCUUGUUUUCUGCCUUUAUUGGUCACUUUUUUAAAAAAAAAAAAGAAAAGAAAAAAGAAAAAGGUUUGUAGUGCAAGAUGUUAGAUCCUGUAACGGUCACAUUCAUUUUAGCAGGUACUGAGUGAUGCUGUAUAUAUUAAUGUGUAUUGUUUGGAUUUUUCAGACCACCACAUGACAUGCUUGAACAUAUUUCCCCAUUGCAAAUGUGUGUUAAAGCGAAUACUGCUCCAGAACAGUGUUCAGCUCAGUCCAUUAAUUUUUACAGCUUAAAGGAUUUAGCAAUUGUACAUUGUAAUGGAUCUACUCUUUAAAAAAAAAUUGGAACUAUAAGAGUAUUUUUAACUUUCCCUCCCAUUUUUCAUUUUGAGUAAUGUUCACCCGUAAUAAUUAUUUUACCACAUUUCACAUAUGUGUUUUAGUGCUGUCCAAAAUUGUUGUGCUAGCCAAAGUAAUCUAAGUCAUUUUUGAAAGACCUAACCUGUUACUCAUUUAUAUGCACUGCUGUUGCCAUGUGAAGAGGCAUCUAAGCUGAUACUACCAUUAUGUCAGACCAUUUUAUACACUUCAGUGGCCUUUUAAAAAGUUCUCCAGUGAAGAUAGCUUUUGUUAGAAAACAGAGCUUUUAUAUUUUCACUCAGUCCUAAGAAAUCAAAACAUCUUACUGGCCUACAAACUAUUGCCUAAAAACCACUGAAAAGUUCAGCCAUUAAAAUAAAUUGUACAUUGUAAAGCUUGUAGUAGCUAUUGUAUUAUUGAUUAUAUUGUAUACUAUAUUAAAUGUGAAUUUGUAUCCCUGCAUUUUAAAAGGUCAUUGUGUUCUACUGCCUACUUCUUGGGGAUGGGAAUUGUUUCAUUUGUGGGAGGGGAGGGGAAAGAUUCUUUAGGUUAAGGAGGACACAAGCCCCUUCCGGGUUGGGUGUUUUGGGGGGGUGGGAGGGAGGUUUUUUGAAGAUGUAAGGUUUCGCUCUUACUACCAAGCUCAGGAUUAUUGAUUUUAAAGGUACAGCGAUAGUUCUUGGAUAUCUUGUUACAGGUGGUCUGUAUGAGUAAAAAGUUUGAAAAUGAACAUCUUUUGUGGUCCUAAACUAAUACAAAACAAAGAAGAGAACUGAUCCAUCUGAGUGGCUACAACAUGCUAAUUAGUGUUGUGGAACAGUUAGGCAUACUGUGGAUUAUAUUUGGUAAAGUUUUGAAUGCCUGUGAAUGAUUAAUAUGUAUCUAAUAUUUUAGUGUUUUAUAUAUAGGUUAUUUAUUCUUUAAAAACAAUGGCUACUGUGUUGCGUUGAUUUAUUGGUAGUAUUGAGCAGACCUUGCAUCUGCAUGAAACUACUUGCAAAACCCACUAUUUUGCAAACAAAAAAUGUAUUUUGACAUAUACAAAUAAAAUGAAUAAAACUUUUAAAUGUGUGAAUUUUAAUGAAAACAUUUUAAACAUGUGAGAGUUUGAUAUAUAAACAAUAUGUGGGCAUUUUUUCAUUGCUUCACUUGGAUGCAAAGUACUUUUCAGAGAUUGUAUUCAAAUUGUGUUUGUUUGCACAUCUGUAAAUGCAACAGUAAAAAUGCCAUAUUUAUGCAAUCUGUAACAAAAUUGGAAAAUGUUUAUAUAUUUUACAUAAACCUGUCUGCAUGCAGAAAUUA